CGCAGGGCGGAGUGCGGGCGGAAGUCGGUGUCUGCGGAGAAGAGAAAGGAAAGACAGCCGCGGUGAGGCUGGGAUCCCGCUGGGGGCGCCGCCUCCUCCCCACCCUCGCUGGAGGAUGGAAGUGACGACAGCUGCAGCGGAGGUCACUUCCUGCUGGGGUGGAUGAGGAGGAGCCGGAGACGCCGCGGAGGAGACCCGACCGAACGCGGACCGAGCCGGGCAGCGCAGGAGGGCAAAAAUGAAAGCAGGCUGUAGCAUCGUGGAAAAGCCAGAAGGAGGUGGAGGGUAUCAGUUUCCUGACUGGGCCUACAAAACAGAGUCCUCCCCAGGCUCCCGGCAGAUCCAGCUGUGGCAUUUCAUCCUGGAGCUGCUGCAGAAGGAAGAGUUCCGCCAUGUCAUCGCCUGGCAGCAGGGAGAGUACGGGGAGUUUGUCAUCAAGGAUCCAGAUGAGGUGGCCCGCCUCUGGGGCCGCAGGAAAUGCAAACCACAGAUGAAUUAUGACAAGCUUAGCCGGGCCCUCAGAUACUAUUAUAACAAGAGGAUCCUUCAUAAAACAAAAGGGAAAAGGUUUACUUAUAAAUUUAACUUUAACAAGCUGGUGAUGCCCAACUACCCAUUCAUCAACAUUCGAUCAGGUGGUGUGGUUCCUCAGAGUGCGCCGCCAGUGCCAACCGCGUCCUCCCGCUUCCACUUCCCACCUCUGGACACCCACUCUCCAACCAGUGAUGUGCAGCCAGGGCGGUUCUCAGCCAGCUCCCUGACUGCGGCUCGCCAGGAGUCCAGCAAUGGCACUGAUAGGAAGGUGGAGCUUUCAGAGCUGGAGGAUGGCCCCACUGCUGACUGGCGCCGGGGUGUUGAUCUUAUGUCCUCUCGGAAUGCAAUCGGAGGAGGGAUUGGCCACCAGAAACGCAAGGCUGACAUAAUGCUUCCUCUUUUCACAAGGCCAGGGAUGUACCCUGACCCACACAGUCCCUUUGCUGUUUCUCCAAUCCCUGGCCGAGGAGGUGUCCUUAACGUCCCCAUUUCGCCAGCCCUUUCCCUGACUCCUACAAUCUUCUCCUAUAGCCCUUCACCAGGACUGAGCCCUUUCACCAGCAGCAGUUGCUUCUCCUUCAACCCAGAGGAAAUGAAACACUACCUUCAUUCUCAAGCCUGUUCGGUGUUCAACUACCAUCUGAGUCCUCGGACUUUCCCCCGUUACCCAGGGCUCAUGGUUCCACCGUUACAAUGCCAAAUGCAUCCUGAGGAGUCAACUCAGUUUUCUAUCAAGCUGCAGCCUCCACCCAUUGGGCGCAAGAACCGGGAAAGGGUAGAGAACAACGAGGAGCCUGCACCUGUCUCUGCACCCACCAUAGCACCUGUACUGCCACGAGUUAAGGUAGAGCCCACCUCUGCCACCUCUGAGAAGGAUCCCGAGAGCCUCAGGCAGUCAGCCCGAGAGAGGGAGGAGCACUGUCAAGAAGAGGGUGCAGUGCUGAGCAGGACCACAGAAGAGGGGAAAGGCCCCAUCUUUGCCUGCCCCACCGCCCCGCCCGCCUGGCCCUCUGUACCCAUUAGCACCCCAAGCGAAGAACCCCUAGAGGUGACUGAAGACAGUGAGGACAGGUCUGGCAAAGAGCCCAGCGCUCCUGAGAAGAAAGAAGACGCUCUGAUGCCCCCCAAGCUUCGGUUGAAACGGCGCUGGAACGAUGACCCUGAAGCCCGGGAGCCGCCAAGUAAGAAUGGCAAGUUCCUCUGGAAUGGAUCAGGACCCCAGGGCCUGGCAGCAGCAGCCGCUGAUGCAUAGAACUGCAAGUGUGUUGGGAGCUGUCUUUAUUCUCAUGAAAUACAUACCUGUAUUUAUGUAGCAGAUCUGGGGGGAGGGGGGAGGGAAUUAGACUGGUUUGAGCAUUCUGGGGCAUAGACUUGUACUUUACGUUGGGGAUGGGAUGGGUUUCUUCUGUUGUAAAUUAGGUGGGGUGUGAACACUUUUCCUGGUGAAUAGGACACAGGGAGGGUAUUGAACUGAAGGGGGAAGGAACCUGUUUCCUGUUUGAGGCUUACACUUCCUGACAAGGAAACUCCUAGAGGGCCCAGGUACUUUGCUCCUGUGGUAGUUCACGUUCUAGACUUUUCUUUUGUAUUUAUAUAUAAAAAGCCAUUAAUGAGUUUAUUUUGCUCUGAGAGAGACACAUAAAAGGGAAAAGGUCAUGGUUAGGAGGUUGGCAGUGAGGGGUCGUUAAUACUAUUUUGCCUGAAAUGUUUCUCUAUAAUUAUUUCAGGGGAAGAAUAAGAUUGUCUCAGUCCUGCUGGAGCAGGGGGCUAUUCAGAUGGUCUUUUUUCUUUUCUUACUUUCUUCUUUCUUUUGCUGUUGUUUGGUGUUUUUCUUUUCCUUAAAAAAAAAAGUGUCAGGAUACAAGAGCAUCCUGCCAAGUAGAGUUAGGUAGGAGGACACAGGAGCUGCACCCUGGGAUGCAGAGCUGAGGCGGAAAGCCUGCUGCGAGUCCCUUGGACUUUUCACCUACUUCACCUACUAAGAAGCCAUGAGGAGUUAUAAACUCUUGUUCAGGGAAGAAAAAAGAGGGCAGGAGGAAGUAACCCAAUGCCUUUAAAAACAAAUGAAAAAAGCGAUCCUCAUUUUUCCUUUUCCAUUAUGGGUUUGGGGAGCCAAACCAGAGUGUGACUGAGCAGGUUCAGCGAGAGGCGUGACAGUGUUGUUGAAGAUGUCUGUCCAUUGUGUCUGGUUCUCUUAUCGUUUUCCUAAGUCGAGCCUUAACUAUGAACAUACUUCAAGAUGAUACGGGUCUGUCAGCGUAAACCUGUACAGGGCAUGGACAACUUUUCAGAUAAUCCUGGAAUGCAGAGACAUGGUUAAACUCCAGCUGAUGUUUAGUCUUUCCCUCUUGAUGUUACUGGGAUAGGUAGCAAAAGGACAAGAUUGUGGGAGCUACAGGCAAGUGAAAUGGAGAAAUACAGAAGAUACUGGGGGACAAGUGGAUGUUUGUGGGCCCUGAAGGAAGAGGUGGGAAGAAGAUAUGGAAGGUGCCAAAUGCCAAGAGGCCUGUGUGAGGGAAGGGGGUGGUAUCCUGUUGUGGGGGUGCCAUUUUUGUCAUCCCCAUUUGCCCAGAUUGUUCCAGUCUCCUGAGUAGUUCACUAUCUUGCACAAGACUCUGGUUUGCAACAUUGAGGAAUUGUUUGUUCAUGGGAAUCCCUUCCAGCAACUUCAAAGAAGUAGGAAAGUAUUGAUCUUAAGUGAAGCAAAAGACUAGGACUAGGGGCAGAAAGAAGCAGCAGCCACCACACUGUGUGUGUGUGUGUGCACCUCCAGGGGCCUAGCAUGUGGAGACACCUAGCUGUGGCUCAGAUCUGCCUGGCAGCAGUGCGGCAGGGAGAGAAGUAACUGCACAUCUGUUGAGGGCAAGGGGAGGCAUAAGAGUGGUGUCUAGGGCCUGGACAAAUUCCUGGCUCCACCUUGGCUUAAGAGAACUCUAAGGAAUGUAUAGGGUUAUCCUUUAAUUUUAGUUUUAACUGAAGUGCAUGCAUGAGAGAAGGGCUCAGGAGGGUAAGAACAAGUGAGAGACACCCUGGAUGGCCUGGGAUGACUUGAGUCCAUCAUGCUGUGUCUUGGCAGGUGUCCUCCCCUUUGUUUGAUCCAAAUUCCAUGAGUGACUCAUCAUUCCCCAGGAAAGGGACUAAGACAGUGGUCCCUAAAGACUCAGGCUUGGGUCAGGCUGCAAAGGGCUCCCCAGGUAGGCUGCCUUUGGUGGCCUGUGGUUCUGUCAGUUUCCUUUUUUGCCCCGACUUACCUCUGAAUAGGAAAGCAAGCCUGGCAGGUGGAGGAGGGCUCUCUGCUUGGCAUUGCCUGAUCUAACCAGGGAGACCAGCUGGCCACCCACUGCCCUCUUCAGGGUAGGGCCAGCAGGUGUCGGUAUGAACUCAGGAAUUGAAACACGAGGCCUUUAAAAUAAGAGAGGGAGAGAAAUUCAUGAUGCAUACCUGUAACCCCCUAAAACACAAGUGCCAGAAUAAAUUCCUAGAUGCUGCUUCUGUUUGAACAAAAAAGUCACUGCUUUUACACUUGAAAAAACACUCGAAAAAUGUUCAACUCCAUGAAAAAUGUUUUUUGGCUUUAAGAAAUUGUUUGGUUUGUAACUUUCCUUUGCUAUUCCACCAGUAAUUGUCAGUUGAUUUGCACUGGAGUAGGGUUGGGAGGAGGGUCUUCACACAAGCCACACUUGGGCUUGCUCAGGAAGUGGACCAGAGCAUGUGGAGAUCCUUGAUACUUCCUGGGGCAAAAGAGAGUUUUUCUUCCCCAACCCACUCCUAGCAGUGCCUGUCACCUGGUGCAAAACCAGGUCUUUCUCUUCCAUGAGCAUCUCAUCACUGUCCAGCAGCAGGUGGAAAAGGGGGGCAAAAAGUGGACCUACUUUGUCUCCCACACAUUUUCCGAAUUUUGCUGUGCCAAAUGUUUAAAACUUUACAAAUACAAACCUAUUGAAAUUUCAUUAAUCAAGAACUUGUUCAUGAAAAAUGUUUGCUUUUUUAGCUAUAGAAAAAACAGCAGAGAUCUCUUAAUGGCAUCCAGCCUUGCUGAGCUCACCUUUUCUCCUAAAGGAUGGGUAGGAGCAAAUACAGUUCACCAAGUUCCUUCACCCUGGUUGUCAGACUGUACUGCAUUAAAUCCAGCUCACUACUUCAGGGAAGGACUGCACCCUAGUGACCCAUGGGCCAAGAAACCUUCAGAAGCAUUAAAAACACCACUUCUCACCAAGUGGUUCGAGUCAGUUGGCUGUUUGUCCCUUGUUUAUUUAUUCCAUAAUUAUGUUUGUGUUUUUUGUUUUGUAAGCAGUAAUGGAACAUAGUUUUAUGUGGUUGGAAAGAAAACUUUGAUUUAGUCUUUUAAGAUUGUUCCAUUUUUAGUUUCUUGAGGCGGGGAGUUAGCAGUUAAUUUGUUUUUAAAUAUUUAGGCAUUCACUGAUUUAUAAAAUUGUGAUGCAGGGAUUUCCGAGUGAGACAUUCACAUGUGAAAGAUGACUUUGUUAGUUAUCCGCUUAAGCAAAAUAGUGUGUAUAUGUACAUAAAAUGUAAGUAAUCUUAACUCCAUUGUGCAGUGCCUUUUAGAUGUUCCGCUUUCUAUAAAGUCUUCAAAAUUUUGCAUAUAUAUUAUAUAUAUGAUGUAAUGUUAUAGAAGUAUAUGUAUAAUAUACAUAUUUUUUCCAGGGGUAUCUGAUAGCUCUGUAUUUUGUUAUGGAAGUUGAAAGAAAAAAGUAUUUUACCUCAGAAAUUAAAGUUAAAUAAAAAAGAAAAAAGUACUUUUAA